UUUUCUCCCAUUGAGUCAGUUGCCUUUUCACCCUUUUGACAAAGUCCUUUGAUGCACUGAAUUAUCCUAUUUUGAGGAGGUCCCAUCUAUUUUUACUUUCACUGCUUGUGUUUUGGGUGUAAACUCUUAAGAAACUAGCCCCUGUCACUAGAUCUUGGAAAUGUUUCCCUAAAUUUUCUUCUGGGAGUUUUAUGGUCCUGGUUCUUAUAUUUAGGUCUUUGAUCCAUUUUGAGUUAAUUUUUGUAUAGGAUGUGAGUCCUCUUUCAUUCUUUUGGUUAUGGAUAUCCAGUUCUCCCAAUGUCAUUUAUUGAAAAGACUGUUCUGUCCCAGAUGAGUGGACUUGGGAGACUUGUCAAAAAUCAGUUGACAGAGAAGCAGCUGCAAAGCUGAGUGGAGGAGGCAGGAACCUUAGUGCGAGCCAUUGUUGGGUGGGCAACAUUGCCGGGAUCACAACUAUCGAGGCGGUGAAGCGCAAGAUCCAGGUUCUACAGCAGCAGGCAGAUGAUGAUGAGGAGAGAGCCGAGCACCUCCAGGGGGAAGUGGAGGGCGAAAGACGGGCUUGGGAACCAGCUGAGGCUGAGGUGGCUUCCUUGAACGGUCGGAUUCAGCUGGUUGAAGAGGAGCUGGACCGCGCUCAGGAGCGCCUGGCCACUGCCCUGCAAAAACUGUAGGAAGCGGAGAAAGCUGCCGAUGAGAGCCAGAGAGGUAUGAAGGUUAUUGAAAACAGGGCUUUAAAAGAUGAAGAAAAGAUGGAAUUCCAGGAUAUCCAACUCAAAGAAACUAAACACAUCACAGAAGAGGCAGAUUGGAAGUACGAGGAGGUGGCUCGUAAGUUGGUGAUUAUUGAAGGGGACUUGGAACGCACUGAGGAACGAGCUGAGCUGGCAGAGUCCCGUUGCCAAGAGAUGGAUGAGCAGAUCAGACUGAUGGACCAGAACCUGGAGUGUCUGAGUGCUGCUGAAGAAAAGUAUUCCGAAAAAGAAGACAAAUGUGAAGAGAUAAAGAUUCUUACUGAUAAACUUAAGGAGGCAGAAUCCCAUGCUGGGUUUGCUGAGAUAUCAGUAGCCAAGCUGGAAAAGACAAUUGAUGAUUUGGAAGAUAAACUGAAAUGCACCGAAGAGGAGCACCUCUGUUCACAAAGAAUGCUGGACCAGACUCUGAGUGACCUGAAUGAGAUGUAGAGCACCCCAGUCCCGCCCUGCCGCUGCUCCUCCCUUUCACCCCGACUGCCUGAGGCCAGCCUGCCAGAAGCUGACUGUUACACUGAGGGCUGAUCUUUAACUGGAAGGCUGCUUACUCCAAUCGCCGUAUACCACACACCCACCCACCCAUCCCUGGCCCUUUGUCUUUUUCAACAAACUGCCUCUGUCUCUCCCAGAGAUUGCAGCUGGGCUAGGGGCUGAGCACCUUUGGGAACAACAUUUAAGGGAAUGUGAGCACAAUACAAGUGUCUUUAAAAGCAUGUUGUGAUGUAUACAUUUUGUAAUUACCCCCCUUUUUUUUGUUUGUAGCAAUCAUUUGUAACACAUUCCAAAUAAUUCCACAGCUCUGAAAAAAAAAAAAUUAAUUGACAAUAGCCUAAGUCUCUCCCUGAGUAUCUCUUUGUUGCUCAGAUGUGGCCUUUCUCUCUAACUAAGCCACCUCGGCAGGUGAUCUCACUGCC